AUGGCCACGACGGCAGCAAAUACUCAAAGACAAACGAUAGGCUGCGAGGAGUACAGUCUGUACAGCAGCCUGAGCGAAGAUGAGCUGAUAAAGAUGGCCAUCCAGCAGAGCCUGGAGGAGGACACAGCAGCUCAGACAGUGGCCCAGAGCCCCCAGAAGUCGCUGGUGGCCCGUGCGGGUGAAGCGGCCGCCCCAAGCCGUGCCAGCCCGCACAACCCUCCCUACCGCAUCUACCCCUGGCAAAGAUUGGCCCAGCAGACAGGCCGUGCUCAGCCGUCCGGCUCGGGGGCAGCCUGGGGGGUCAGGCGAAGGUGCGACAGCAGCCAGCUCAGCACAUCCCAGGCCGUAGAAAUUGACCCUGUAGUGGCAGCAAUCAGGGAUGGAGAUGAAAAAGCAGUAUUCAACAUGAUGAAAUCAGGAAAAAACCUUUCUGUACCUAACAAGGACGGCUGGAUACCCCUCCAUGAAGCUGCAUACUAUGGCCAAGUGGGCUGCCUGAGCCUGUUGCAAAAAGCAUACCCAGGCACCAUCGACCAGCGCACCCUCAAUGAGGAGACAGCUCUGUACCUGGCCACCAGCCGGGGCAACCUGGACUGCCUACUCACCCUGCUGCAGGCUGGGGCUGAGCCCGACAUCUCCAACAAGGCCAGAGAAACGCCGCUCUACAAAGCUUGUGAGCGCAAAAAUGCAGAGGCUGCAAGACUGCUGGUGCAGUACAAUGCAGAUACCAACCAUCGCUGCAAUCGGGGAUGGACCGCGCUCCAUGAGGCCGUCUCCCGAAAUGACCUGGAGAUCAUGGACAUCCUUGUGAAAGGGGGUGCCAAGAUUGAGUCAGCAAAUGCCUACGGGAUCACUUCCUUAUUUGUGGCAGCUGAGAGUGGGCAGUUGGAAGCUUUGAGAUACCUUGCAAGAUGCGGUGCUGAUAUAAACACACAAGCCAGUGAUAACGCCUCUGCUCUUUAUGAAGCCUGUAAAAAUGGACAUGUGCCCAUUGUGGAGUUUCUUUUGUCCCAAGGAGCAGAUGCCAACAAAGCCAAUAAGGAUGGCCUGUUACCUCUUCACAUAGCAGCCAAAAAAGGGAUUUGCGAGAUUGUGUCCAUGCUGAUCCCUGUGACCAGCCGCACCCGUGUCAAGCGCAGCGGCAUCAGCCCCCUGCACCUGGCGGCCGAGCGCAACAACGACGAUAUCCUGGAGGAGCUGAUCGAAGCUGGCUACGAGGUCAACACCACCCUCUCUGAUGAACGCUCCUGCCUCUACGAGGACAGACGCACCACCCCACUCUAUUUUGCUGUUUUUAACAACAACAUCUACGCCACAGAGCUGCUGCUGCAAGCUGGAGCCAACCCCAAUGUUGACCUCAUUAACCCAUUACUCAUCUCCAUCCGCCACGGCUGCCUGAAGACCAUGAAACUGCUUCUUGACCAUGGGGCAAACAUUGAUGCCUAUAUAUCAAGUCAUCCCACCACCUUUCCAGCUACCAUCAUGUUUUCAAUGAAGUACCUUUCUGUGCUGAAGUACCUCCUGGAUCUGGGCUGUGAUGCAGGUUCCUGUUUUGAGUGUCAGUACGGAAAUGGCCCACACCCUGCAUUAAAUUACAGAAGGGAAAGACUGAAUGAUCCCCAGGUGACCAGGGAGCCAGCUGUAGUACAGUUUUGUGAAAUGGUGUCUACUCCAGAGAUAAGUCGCUGGGCUGGGCCGAUCAUCGAUGUUCUUCUGGAUUAUGUGGGAAAUGUGCAGCUCUGUUCCCGGCUCAAGGAGCAUAUUGACAGCUAUGAGGACUGGGCUGUCAUUAAAGAAAAAGCAGAACCCCCACGACCUCUUUCCCACCUUUGCCGCAUCAAGGUCCGGAGCGUGGUUGGAAGGAACCGCAUUAAACUCCUGGACACGCUGCCCCUCCCAGACAGACUGAUCCGCUAUCUACAGCACGACUACUCACAGUGA